UCUCCCCUCCCCUUGUUGAAAAUGGAGUUCGAUUAAAGCAGAUGUCCGCUAACUUCAGAGUUACAAAAACGGACUGCUUUUUAAAUAUUUCAAACAUCGUCGGUCAACAUUUGUGGAUUAAAAACAAACGUGGCUUCGCCCCCCCUCCCUUCCUCCCUCCAUUCUUCCCUUCCUCCAUUUUUCCUAUCGCGGACAUUACUCGGACACGUUGGCGGAGCGAGGCUGUUUUUUUCUCUCUUUUAACAACAAGGACGCUUUUUCAAGUGUUGUCCCGGCGGCGGACAUCAACUUGGCGAAUGGAUGCUCGACAGCCCGACGCUAAUAAGCUGGCAAACAUUACAGGCUUUAACAUUUUCUGUGUUUUCUGAGGAUAUAACACGUCUUUUUCACCCGCAUCAACCGCCUCGGGGGCUGUGGUUGUUAAAGAAGAUGGCUAAUUUUGUGUCGGAUUUGACUUCCAGGGAGGAGAAAUUGUCAUUCCUCUUAGCGAUCGGCGGCUAAGGCUAGCAACACUUUUUUUUAACGUCCUCGUAUUGUCUCUUUUUAAACCUCGCACCCUACCACAUAUGAUACCAAACUAAACUAAACAAGGCUUGUUUGUACAUGUGAAGGAAAAUGGUGAAUUUUGUGCUAUUUUGCAAUGCGCCGUCGAUGCUAUUGCUAGGACUCGGAUCUCCGUGAGGAAGAAAAUGAGUGAAGAUUCAACAAAUCCAAACAACGAUGACAGUUAUGCGCGUGUGAGAGCAGUGGUCCUGACGCGGGAUGACUCCAGCGGUGGAUGGCUUCCCCUGGGCGGUGGAGGCCUUAGCUGCAUUACCGUCUACAAAGUCAACCGGGCUGAGGACAGCGGCAGCACCCACAGCAGCGGCAACAACAGAGGGAGCACCGGAAACCUUAGCCCCUGUAGCUCCAGUCCGACUCCCAGCCCCAGUCCCAGCCCGAGCCCCAGUCCCACAGCGGUGGAGUUCUACAUAAAGGGCGAGAGGCUCAAAGACAAACUGGUGGUGCUGGAGUGUGUCCUGCAGGAAGGCCUAGUAUACAACAAGGUCAACCCCAUCUUCCACCACUGGAGGAUCAAUGACAAGAAGUUCGGGCUCACCUUCCAGAGCCCUGCCGAUGCUCGGGCCUUUGAUCGAGGUAUACGCAGGGCCAUAGAGGACAUCAGCCAAGGCUGCAAGCCGUUUGGUGAAGGGGAUGCUCCUGAAGACGGAAUACCAGCCUGUGAGGAGCCUCCCUCCAUCUGCACCCCGAUGAAGGAGCCCUUCUCCCCACUGAACAAUGUCGUCUCCACAGAGCCCUUCCGAGGCUGCUAUGUACGCGCUCAGCCCUUUGAUGAGUUUCCCUCCAGCAACCGCCGCUACCUGCCGCCCCAGGUGUCAUUCAAGUCGACGCGCCACGUCAGCUUUCACAUGGACGAAGAGGAGAUCGUCCGCAUCAACCCCCGCAAGGAUGUGCUCAUCCGCGGCUAUGAGGACUACCGCCACCCAGUCAUGUGGAAGCAGGAGUCGGACCGCGAGGACCUGGACUUCCCCGCCACCUUCCACAAACUGGACAGUAAGAAGUGUGAGUACCUCUUUCCUGACGGCCCCGGCGGGGACUCCCACUUGGGCCCUGGUUUGGGCAUGGGCACGGGCAUGGGGCUCGGCCUGGGCAAGGACACGGCCAUCAAGACUCAGCCCUCGCCGCUGCUGAAAUCCAAGAAGGGGCGGCGGCGGCGGGAGGAUGGCGAGCGCUCGCGCUGCAUCUACUGCCGAGAGAUGUUCAACCACGAGGACAACUGGCGGGGACAGUGCCAAGACGCCCCCGACCCCAUCAAGCAGUGCAUCUACAAAGUCAGCUGCAUGCUGUGUGCCGAGAGCAUGCUCUACCACUGCAUGUCCGACUCGGAGGGGGACUUCUCGGACCCGUGCUCGUGCGACACCUCCGACGAGCAGUUCUGCCUGCGCUGGCUCGCCCUGGUGGCGCUCUCCUUCAUUGCGCCCUGCAUGUGCUGCUACCUGCCACUGCGCGCCUGCCACCACUGCGGCGAGGCGUGCCGCUGCUGCGGGGGCAAGCACAAGGCAGCCGGGUGACCCCCCGUGCCUGCCCUCUGGGACACCCUCAAAGCUAGCUAACACAGGAAGCGGAUCAAAGCGGAUCAAUUCAAAGCCGGCAUCCUUUUUUCAUUCCCCUCUCAGACGGGGCGAUGUUGAUCGCCAGCUCUGGGGGCUUUUGGUGAUUUCAGUUUG